AUUCAUGUUUGGAGAAAUUGAAACUUAAGAUUGUGGAGAUAGAAUUCAUUAAAUUUUCUGGAUCUUCAUUAUAGAUUAGAAACUGAAAGAGAAGUGCCUCCAUUUCUCCCUUUCCAAAACAGAAGUCAAGUCUUUCUCCCUCAUACACCACAAAUUCAAAAUGCGUGAGCAGAAGAGCAUUUGUUAUAAAUUUUUUGUCAUAAUCUGAUGACAGUUCCCUUGCCAUUAUCUCUUGAUAUUGUCUGAAAAGCAACAUGAUCACUGUAUAAUCUGAUAGCAUCUUUCUAGGGGUAAUGCCAUCAUCAUUACGAUUCAAGCACAACAAUGUUUUCAGGCAAAUUACCUAUUUCAUGUUCCCCUUUGUAUGGACAAAUUUUUUUGGAGAACAUAGUAUCCAUACCUUUGGCAUGGCUGUUCUUUUGCCUUAGCAACCAUUCUAAUGCUUAUUUUAUUUUAUUUUUUAUGCAGUUUUGUAUGUUGCUGAAGCUGCUCCAUACCAUUAGAGGUCUGACUCAUGGUUUGUGAUUUUUAUGCAUUACCAGAAGCCAGAAGUUGGCAAGGGCAAUUUGGCAUCAGAUAUUUGUCUCACAACCCAUUAGACAACUCGGAUCAAGAUGUGGAAAGCAAAAUUUUUCCAUGCUUGAAUAAGAGUUUGGUUCUGGAUUAUUUCUCCAACAAAUUCAAUACUUGUAUUCCCAUGAGGCAAUAUGUAGAAAUAGUCUUCUUCAGAGUUAUUAUAUUCAUGCUUUUUCAACAUUUCCAUAUUAUUUCUAUUAAGGAGUACAGCCAUCAGAGGCGAAACAGAAAAUUGAAACUGCGGUUAGUUUACCUUUCGUACGACUUUAUGCAAGGACCUGGAGGCUUUGGCACGGUUGGCUUCGGUCCUUUUGAGUUUUGACCUCGUCGCUGGUACUGCAUCAUUCUAGAGAUCCUAGGAUUUAAAAGUCUGAUUUCAAGCCACCAUCAAUUGUUCUAGCUGUUCUUUACAACUAAAUCAGAUAGAUUUUAAAUCAGACGGAGUACAGCCAAAGGUUUUUUCGUUUGUUGGAGUUUCUGACAGACAUUCACAUGGCAGUUUAUUUUAAAAUAUAAUUUUUAAUUUUUU